AUGACAGUUCCAAAUUCAAUUAGCUUAAAAUUUUCAAUACUCAUAAUCAUACUACUUGCAUUUGAGGCUAGUGAUACUAUAGCUAUAUCAUUUGCUGAGGUAAAAGUUACUAUUGUUAAUAAGGUAUUGGCUCCAACUCCCACAAACAUCACUUUUCAUUGUAAAUCUAGAGAUGACGAUCUUGGAUUUCACACACUCGUGUCUGAAGGAAGUUACGCGUUUACAUUCUCGCCGAAUUUUACUCCAUGGUUUAGUAAAACGUUAUUCUUCUGCAGUUUUACAUGGCCUGGAAACCCUCAACUUCAUUAUCUUGACAUCUACGAUCAAGUUCGUGACAACUGCUAUCGUUGCAGAUGGACAAUAAACAAAGAUGGAGGUUGUUUGAACACACAUAAGUGUUAUAAGUGGAACAGUGUCAAAUUAAUGGAUGCAUAA